CCCCCGAGUGCCGCUCCGGCUGCACCGGGCUCGCUCAGAGCUCCCGGCUCCUGCUAAGCUAGCGCCACCGUCGUCUCUCUCCGGCCGCCGUCAUGAUCAUCUACCGGGACCUCAUCAGCCAUGAUGAGAUGUUCUCCGACAUCUACAAGAUCCGGGAGAUCGCGGACGGACUGUGCCUGGAGGUGGAGGGGAAGAUGGUCAGUAAGACAGAGGGUAACAUUGAUGAAUCGCUCAUUGGUGGAAAUGCCUCCGCUGAAGGGCCUGAGGGCGAAGGUACCGAGAGCACAGUAAUCACGGGUGUGGAUAUUGUCAUGAACCAUCACUUGCAGGAAACGAGCUUCACAAAGGAAGCCUAAAAGAAGUACAUCAAAGAUUAUAUGAAAUCAAUCAAAGGCAAACUUGAAGAACAGAGGCCAGAAAGAGUAAAACCCUUUAUGACUGGGGCUGCAGAACAAAUCAAGCACAUCCUUGCCAAUUUCAAAAACUACCAGUUCUUUAUUGGUGAAAACAUGAAUCCGGAAGGCAUGGUUGCCCUGCUGGACUACCGAGAGGAUGGUGUGACCCCAUAUAUGAUCUUCUUUAAGGAUGGUUUAGAAAUGGAAAAAUGUUAACGAAUUUGGCUGUUAACUUUGGAUGUAUCACCUGUUGUCAUGACUGGCUGCUGCUCAUCCACACGACACCAGGACUUAGACAAGUGGGACUGAUGUCAUCUUGAGCUCAUUUACUUUGACCUUGAUUUAUUUGGAGCGGAGGCAUUGUUUUUCAGAAAACAUGUCAUGUAGGUUGUUUAAAAAUAAAAUGCAUUUAAACUCAAA